CUCAAUGAUUUAGAAAAAAGAGCUAGUCAUUUAGAAAAACUUAAUCUAUUUUAUAAAGAAUAUGUUUUUGGUACUUCAUUAUUAGAUUUUGUUAAAGUAGAUUCUCCUUGUAUUUAUAAAAUUGAUAGUGAUAUCUCUUUGAUUUUAAAUAAUAAUGAAAAUGACAAUAUUGAUGAAUUAAGUAAUGAACUUGUAUUACUGGAUUUGGAACUUUAUAUAAACGUUUACAAGUAG